UUUAAAAUAAGACAAUGCGUCAACCAUACAUUUGUCAUGGUGUGUUUGUGCAGUGGUGUAUUGUGUUGGGUUAUAGUCAGAGUUACAGAUGGUUGGACCCUUGGGUGCCGUCAAGCCUUCGCAUGGGACGGACAGACCAGAGGGGCGUCCCACUAACACUGGCCUCGACCAAUACUGCACCUCCUUCAGACAGUCUUAUGGUAAGGAGUUAUUCCAGCCAUGUCUAGGCCAUCAUUUUGGGACAGGUUACUCUGCCAACCACCGUCCUGCUCUGUACUACAGCUCCAGCCUGGACCGCUAUGAUAAUCCACAGUUUGGUCUCUCACUGUUGGACAGUUUUGAGUCUCAAUCGAAGCGUCAUUACCAGCGUCUGGCUCUGCCCGACGGGACGGACUCUUUGGCCUGCUCGGGGUCCAGAAGCAGAGAGAGUGGAUAUUUGCAGCUCCAAACUCAGCCAAAAGCUAGAGCAGCGUCCCGUCAGACUGAAUAUAAAGGCACUUACAAUCCUCACCGCCUCAGAGUUUUGGUUGGACCCAUAGAAGAGAGUGGAUACACUGAGGGAACCAAUCUACAGCCGAACACCUUCCUCCCUCAACAGAUUAACAUGGACGACGCUCGCAGGAUACAGGAAAGUGUGACGAGGACAGACUUCCUGCCCCGAUCUUUCCUACAGGGCAGUGAAGCAUUACCAAAACUUGCCUCCCGUGCACUUCGAGAAACUGGAUAUACAAGAGACACCCAGAGACCUCUGACCGGUUCAGGUGGCUUUAGUGAGGACAGCACACAGAAGACUAGACCUGCUCUAACUAGAUUGUCCAUUGGGCCGAUGGGCUCAUCAGGAUUCGUCCUGAACGCCCCCAACAUCACAAGCCUCUCACAUGCACCAGCCGACCCGCAACACUUCCUCACACACUACCAAAGCAAGUUUUGUGACAAAUCAUUUGUGGGGCAGCAGAGAUCAGACUGGAUGAGAGGAGGCAUACAGAGACACAGAGAGAGCGGAUACAGUGGACGAGACACGGAUAGGCUCUCCCCACCCUUCCAAAGUUCUCUCUCUCCUCCUAUUGGCUGAUGCUCCGCGAGACUGGCGCUGAGUCUGCGCGCUGAUUGGCCGCUGGCGCUCGAAUGAUCUGUUCGGAAUUCAGCAGAAGUACAAGUGAUGAAAAAGUGAUGCUU